AUGGCUUUUUAUGCCGAGGAGCCUGGCGCCAAUGCGUUUAAUGGAACUGCAGGGCCGACAGCGCCGUCUGGUGCUUCUCACGAGAAUGGCCCGCCGACAGAAGAGGAGUUACGAACAGUUGCGCCUCCAGAAUGGAUGCUUUCUACCCUCGAUGAAUCCGUAGGAACUACGUUCAAGCGGGAGUUCACUACCAUGGGGAAGAAGACUCUUCAAAUUCUUUGGAUUUUCAAGUCUAGCACCGCGGAUCAUGCCGUUUAUGAAACAUAUGACUUCAUCGGACCCACGUUCUGGUUGACACUAUACUCAUUGUUCUUGGUCAUCAUAGCUACAAAGAACGGUGACAACACAGGGUCCUAUUUCGGCAUAGCUUUUGCCAUAUACUUCUGCGUCGGCUACUUAGUGGCCUUCAACACAAACAUAGUCGGAGGGCGGGUGCAUAUCCCCGGCACCUUUUGCUUCCUCGGCUACUGUUUGAUGCCCCUUGCGGCAUACACAUUUGUGGCAAUGAUGAUGGCGCUUUUGGCAGGCAAUCUGGCUAACUGGAUUAGGUCGCUCAUCGUUGGGCUCACUGCCAUUCUUGCAACGACUUGGUCUUCCCUGGCCGCCUAUGCUUUCUUUAAGAACUUAGCCCUCCAAGGAAAGGCCUUUAUGACCAUUUAUCCAGUCAUUCUGUUUUUCGUAGUUUUCGGCGUUUUAGGUUUGAUUGGUGCUAAGCAAUACAUCCAACCACAACCAUGA